CCGGAGCGAGCGCCUGAAAUAAUCUGGGUUCUCAGCUGAUUGUUUCCUGGGAGCAGCAGCAGCAGCAGCAGCAGCGCCUUGGUGCGAGGAGCGGCGGGCGCUGCUGCAGCCGGGCCGGCGGGACAGCGCGCGGGGGGCUUGUGCGCGCCCGCUUGCCCCGUGGCGGGGCGCAUGGAGCGGUGAGGCGGCGGCGGCGGCUCCUGCGCUUGCAGCACGCCCAGCCCGCCUGUGUUUGGGGCGAUGGGGCAGAGCGGGGCUGAGCCCACCGCCGCCGCCGGCACCACCCGCAGCAGCAGCAGCAGCAGCAGCAUCCCCUUCGCGGUGGAGCUGGCGCUGACCCUGCUGCACACGGGCCUCUACGCGGGGCUCUUCUUCUUCGCCUACCUGCAGCUCUGGCUGCUCUUCUACUGCCGCGAGAAGCGGCUCAGCUACCGCACCGUGUGCCUCUUCCUCUGCCUGCUCUGGGCAGCCCUCCGGACCGUGCUCUUCUCCUCCUACCUGCAGCGCUCCCUCCAGGGCGCCCCGCCGCAGCUCCGCCGCCUCCAGCCGUUCCCCCACUGGCUCCUCUUCUGCUCCCCCGUCUGCCUGCUCUUCGCCACCGUCUGCCUCCUCAACCUCUACUUCGCCGAGGUUAUCUUCAAAGUCAAGUGUGCAGCUGAAUUCAAUAAGUACAAAGCCCUCCUCUACAUGGGCUCCAUAUUCACUAGUCUUCUCUUCAUAUUUGUGAACUUAACUUGUGCGCUGCUGGCCCGUGACGAUGUGCCAGAGGACCAGCUGAGAUGGACGGUCUUCACCCGGGCUCUCAUCAACGACAGCCUCUUCAUUCUCUGUGCGGUCUCCCUCGCAUGCUGCAUGUGUAAACUGUCCAAAAUGUCUUCAGCCAAUGUUUACCUAGAGUCUAAGGGGACGUCUGUCUGCCAAGCUCUGCUUGUGGGUUCUGUCGUCAUCCUCUUGUACUCUUCAAGGGCGUUCUAUAACUUGGUGGCCGUGGCAAUCUCCCCGGGCCACGUCCCUAGUCCCUUCAACUAUGGCUGGGACACCCUUUCGGACAAGGUUCGAGGGGAAGACAUUGGCAGCGAAGAGUAUGUGGUCUUUGGGGUGGUCCUUUUCCUGUGGGAGUUUGUUCCGACUAUGUUUGUGGUCCUCUUCUUCCGGGCGCAGAGGGUGUCGCAGAACUUGGCGCCUGCUGGAAUGAUCAACAGCCACAGUUACAGCUCACGGGCCUACUUCUUUGACAAUCCGAGACGGUACGACAGCGACGACGACCUCCCGAGGCUCGGUGGAGGGCGAGGCGAAGGAGGAAGCCUGGCUGCUCCUCAGAGCUCUGGCUGGUACGGUUCUCUGUCUGGGAGCGACAGCUGCAUCAUGAUCCCUCCCCUGGGGGCACCGGUAGUGGAUGUGGCGCCGCUGCUCUUCAGUCAUGGGGGCUUGGAGUCGAGAAGUCACCCCAACUUAAACCUGACCCCGCAGAACUGACGAUGGAGUAGCUCUUGAUGGAGACUCCAAGCAGGUGUGGAGAAGGCAGCCCUGCUGGGCCCCCACGCGGACGGUGGUUCCCAUCCGUUGCGUCACAUGGGAUCUGGAUCGGGCUCUGCGUGUCGGACUGCAAGACCAGCUGUUGCGAAGCGGUACCUGUAAUGAUGGGAAUCACCUAGAAAAGUGUUCUUGUUCGGAUGUGUGGGGCCUUCCAGAGGGUGUUAGCUAAGGACACCAGAGCGCUGGAAGAAUUUGACGGUCGGGCGGAUAUUUGCACUUUUAACUGAACAAUCUUGAGGAACCAUUCUCCUUCCUCUCCCAGCUUUCUCCUCCUCCAAUAGCAUGGGGUGACUGUUCCAAAUGACACUUCUAAUUGCACAUCCAUAGCUGGGAAAGGCGCUGAGUCUUCCUGCAAUGACUGGAGCAUCUUUACGUAUUUAAUGGUGGAAAUUCAGUUGGGGGUGGGAAGGGCGGCGGGGGGGGGGGUCUCUUUGCUCUCUGACUCUGAGAGUUUGUACUUUUAAACAGGGGACCAUAAUGGACUACUGUGCAAGUGCCAAGCUCUCACAAGGCUAACUUAACUUGCAAUUGCAUUUCUCUCAUUCUGGGACCCUCAAAGCAACCUUGCAUUUUCCUUACGUUGUGAAUCCCCUCUUGACUACUUGCGUUCAGUUCCCUUAACAUUUGACUUCAAUGCCAGAACAACCUUCUUCACCCUGGGAAAACCGGAACUGGAACCCUGUAACAUUCUCUAGAUAAAAGGCUUCCAUGAGG